AUGUGUGCGGCUUUGCAUAGGGAGCGCAUCCCGACUGCGGAGGAGAUGAUGACCUACCAGUCUGCCUGGCGUCGACGCCUCCUAGCUCACGUGCUGGCAGCCAGGAACAGUGGAAGGACACUUGACAUGGAACAACCUGAAGGCUGUAUGGACGCGAUGUUUCACGGCUCUGCCGUUGCAGGCGGCAGCGAACGGGCUGCCCAAAUGGCCCUUGAUGAGCAUUUCAUUCAACAAUUUGAGACUACGUAUUGGCCAACUGUCAUUCUUCCCAUACGACAGCUCGUGCUUCAGGAUUUGAAGCAAGAGACUCGAUCCCGCCACGCUUUUGGGGUAACGCACUGCGAGCAACGAUUCCCAGUGGCUACAGGUAUGACCGUGGUUUCCGAGAACUCCUCAGAAGAUAACUCAAACAGCACAGACGAGAGUGGCAACGCUGACGCUCUUGAAUUCAAUAUUUUCCCGUUGAAGCGCCAGGCACAGGUGGACUCAGUGCAAGGACUUAUGGAAGAAGUGGCAGAAGAAGUAUCUGCAGCUUCGGAGGCAGAGCUUCUGAUGGCAAAGUGCAUACAACAAAUGCAGCCACAGCGGUUUUCCAAAAGCAUGCAGUUUGCCGUCCAGCUCGACGACCUCGAGGUGACUUUAGCAGCUGCUUAUGAAGCCCCUGCCUGCAUACGUGUGACAUUAGAUGAGCUUUACACUCAUAUCGCAAUGUAUUACGAUCUCCGAAUGUCGGUGGUCGCCGCUUUUGAGGGGGUAAAAGUAAUUGACAACCUUAUGCCAGAAUUGUCUCAUCGUCGUAUUAUAGCCAGUAGUUCGCAUACGAAACUUAACACUGAAGGUCCAACAGAACCCUGCAAAGGCCGGCACAAAGGAAAUUACGCAGAUAUAUAUCUCUCACCUUGCAGUCAUCCGCGCUGCCUAUCCAAGCAUGGUCUGGACAACCCUCCAGUAUCGCCACUGCAACCUGGCACCAGUGCAUGCAUCUUAGACUGGAGCACAAAUUGCACAUGGCGAGGAGGCUGCCCGUUUGAGCCCCUGAAGAAGACUUCCAAUGCGUACAGAAAUAACAAACGCGGUAAUAAUGAAUCUGCAGCAGGCGGGUGGCUACGGUUUGAUAAAGUUUACGUGCCUCUUGACGGUAUCCCGGAUAUGCGCCUCUACGUCCAAACUCAUGGUUCGCUCUUAUGCACGGUCACGCCCGCUGCAGUAGCAUUUGUAGUGCAGUCCCUACAGGAGCCAGUGCAUCUUGUCGAGGGAAGCAGCCUCCUAGAAGCUGCCAGCAAAGAAGUUCAAGAGGCAUUACAUCGGAACGAAUUGUUUCUUGCCAGGCUUCUUGUAGGGGAAGUCGACCAUCCAACAGUCGAUAUAUGCGUUGAUAUUCCCGUCCCUCAGAAAUUGCUCCUUCCAUUUAGUCAUAAGGAUAUGCACUGUCGGGGACUUCUCUUUCACUCUGGUGCCGUUUCUGUUGACAGCAGCCUACAGCUUUGGCACAAGGAGCCGCCAGUAACCUCUCCAGCAGCGUUCCACAAAGCAUACGACAGAUACACGAUGGCUGUCACAGGAGCAUGUGCGCGGCGGGUGAUCGAUUGUCAGCAAGUUGAGUGGGGACUCUCUGCCUGCCAUGUGAGCUUCUGCUCUCUUUCACCGGAAACGAAGGCAGAAUUCCCACGAAGCAGCUCUGCUUUUGUGAGAUCAGAUGCUGCUGAAUCUGGUCUUCCGGGAGUUGAGUCAUCCUCACGAAGUCGAUGCAGACGCUGUGAUUCCCCUGAAGUACGCUCUGCUGCAAAGAGUCGCCGAGGCAUGGUGCUUGAGGGCAGAGAAUAUCAGGUAGAAGAAGCUGCAGAGAGGCCCAUUAAACCAGCCACUGAAGAUAUGGAUACUCUUGGGUGUUCCAUUUGCCUUGCGAAGAGGACCAAUGAGUUUAUUUUAUGGCCAACAGGCAUGACUGCAAAUUUCGACGUCUGUUAUAGUAUUCACAGUCAGACAGGUCUUCCUGCAUUUCGAAUCACUCUUCAGGAUCAAGGUUUCAGCGGAGUUUGUAUUGGUUUGACGGAUAAGGAUAUCACGGCUCUUGUUGGGCUCUUCUCCCAGGUGAACGCCCUGCAACAAGCUUUCCUGUCAUUGUGGAAUGAGCGACCAGUUUCUGAUAUUGACUCACACGUUGUGCCCAUCUCUAGCUCACAAAGUUCCAUACGAACGCCGCCCCAGAAGGAUAUGGAAGUUCCAAGUUCUGAAAUACCGCGGCGAGAGUCCUGUGUCAGAAACAAGAAGGACAAAAAAAACCGCAGGAGGCGAACAAUUGAUAUUGUUCGAGCUUACAGCACUCGAGCACGCUGGAAGACAUUAGUUGAUGGAGAUUCUGGAGGCCUGAACGAUGCCUCGACGAAGGGGAGCUUGGACUCCCUGCAAAAUAUUGAGAAAGGCUCUGCUCUACAACGAGUUGCCCUGUAUCUUCAUCGCAGUCUCCGUUGCUCUGGUUUGCCUGUGCCAGACCAAGUAGCACCUAAUAGAAGCACUGAUCGAAUGCUUCCUAGUUGUGGGGUGCAGUCAGCUAUCUUGCCAGCUGAAGAUCCUGCGGAAUCGGGAGCUUGUAACGGCGCAGCGCUUUCUCCAGAUUUUCCAGAGGGCUCUUCAACAUUGUUAGUGCCCUCUCUUUCCGAGGACUCGAAGAGAAAGGCCGUUGAAAGCUUCCAGACGGCGGAAAACUCCAGCAAGGAACCACUUGAUGUUGAUGGCAGCAAUGCUAACGUCCCCGCAGCACAGCACAGUCCUCAACAAAGCCCAACGAACGGCUUAGUUGGAUUUGACAUAAGGCUGAGCCUCUCGAUUUUUGAAUUUCGACUGUAUAAAGAGAGCAAGGCGAGCAAAUGCAGUUUUGUACGUGGAAACGAAGCUGAACAUGCAGUGACCUUGGAGCACCUUCACACGAAGAACCUUAAGAGCCUCGUCAAUAACAGUCUUCUGGUGAAAUUCGGGGUCAAUAGCUCGCGUAUCCGGCUGGGCAGUACGUCUCGAAGCACGAAGACAACGGGAAGGGCAAGCUUCGACGAAAUAUAUGUAGCUCUGGGUCGGCGUGAAGCGAAUGACUGUAUGUGUCUUGAACCACCCGAAGCAACGGAAGAAAGCCGCGGCUGGCCCACAUUACUUAAAGAGAGCGCAGUUGAACACAGAAAACGAGAAGCUAGACUUGCUGAUGUGCGCUCUUUAUCUUCGAAAGACUACCCAGCGACUGGGUUUGCGUAUUUAGACCAUACUGUCAACGAUGCAGCUUCUUCAGCCUUUCUGCCUACGCUGCCUACAGCGAAGCAAGGCAAGCUUACUCCAUUACUUCAGUUUACACUAACGCAUACACCCAACAGUAUUGAUGCUGAAGACGAUGAGGGUGAUAUAGCGGCUGCAUUAGUUCAGGCUGCAGCUUCUCACAAUAGUUCCUCUUCUAAGGAAAAGCUUCAUCCUUCCGAAAUAUUGGCUUUACAAAAGGCAUUACACAGCGAAAGGGUGAGGCUAACUACCCGGUGGAUGUUCCCACCCGCCUUCCCCGGAAUGGAAACUCCGGAAGCAAGUCCGCCUUACGCAAAUCAGUUGCCUUCUAAGGUACACACGCAAGCUUCCGGAUACGAGUCUGAAGCUGGCAACGCGGCUACCCGUGCUAGAACCCUGUCACAGCUAUGGAAGCAACCAGUUGAAGAAACUGAAGGAGAUUCAUACUAUAGCCGUAAUUCAUCCUCUUCUGAUGUCCAUAGCAGUGACGCUGCAGAAGAAGAAGUCUUGGUUGAAGAUUUGUGUGGAGGACGAUGCUUUCUUGUGCCAGCACAUUUGCAUGCUGCACUAGCGUCGACGAGGACAUGGAAGGCGCUCAGUGCCAAAGGUCCUGCUGUUUCUGUUGAGGCUUCGCUAUGCCUGAAAGCGCUACUGUGUUCUGUCGAUAUCCGCUGCAGCCCGCUCAGGCUAACGCUGGAUUGGGAGGUGCUCUCAGAACUACUUGGCAUUAUUGGAGAAAUGAUUAGUCAAGCCAGUGAAGCCUAUACAGCUUCUCUUUCGUCCGGAUCAUCAGCGCCACCCAGAGACAUAUCCCCAGUUUCAGCAUGUGAAAAUCAUGUUCAGCAGUUCCCUCAAACUUCUGCAGAGGAGGGUAAAACCAUCGCUGGUCCAAGGCGUAAGAAAGAGACCGAAGCAGGCACUAGGUGGGAUGGCGGUAGCUUGGACGCCACCCUGAUUAGGCAAAACGGUGAUGAACUACCAUGGAGAGCCCGUGUUAGUAUUAUCCUAAGUCACUGUGAAUUGAUCCUUCCCGUGAGUACGCCUUCGCCAUUUCCCGACGUUUCCUUAGCACAGGUGUACUGUAGUGAUGAUGGCUUGGCUUGGACUGAACGGACCCCAAGUUUUUCGCAGCGGCACGGUACGGCUACGAAGCGUUUUGGGGAGGACUCUGAAGUAAAGAAAAAGACGCAGGCUCAUCCCCCAGAUAAGCCAGAGCGACUUUUAAGUUUCACUGCACCAGAUCCUUUCAAAAGCAUGGCUAUUUCGGCCACCGCAUUCAAGAAAAGCAGGAUGAACGGAAAACUUGGAACGGACAGAGCAUUAAGGCCAGGGAUGGUGGAUUUACUCGAAACGUUAGUAGCUUUAGCCCCCCCCAUUUGCGUCGUUUCAUGCUCAACGGCGGUCUCGUUUUAUUCAGAAUGCCGCUUGGUAGGCUUGCCUAAAGAAGGUUCCUGCUUAGAAAACGCUGAAGGUCCUCAAGACAAGGUAGCCGGAACAGCGGGAGAAAAACAAUGCAUGAGGCUUGUUGGAAGCAUCUACCAAAUCCGUGCAGAGAUGCUGCUAGGACAAGGUGAUAUCCAGAGCCAAAAGGGGUUUUCUGAGCUAGUUGAGAGCUGGAAGAAGACGAAGUGCUUCUCAGAAUUGGAGAUUCAAGGUUUUCCUGCCCGGGGAGGUUGCUUGAGACCUUCUGGAUUCGCCAAUCAGGAGGCUUCCCCGCCAACACUUCUCGACAGCCAGCAAAUUACGAAGAGCUUGUACGACAAAAACAGAGAGGGGUGGUCUGCCGCUUCAACUGUAUCUCAAAUGAUCACGAAUUCCGUGCUGGAGCUCCCGACAACAAACACCACGUACCAAAGCAGGGGCUUCCGAGCCACUCUGGAAUUUCGCCGUAAAGGCAGAGCCUCUGCCUACAGUCAGUUACUUGUGCGCAAACAAAGCAUUGUUGAUGGCUGUCGUUGCGUAAUAACAGCGUCCUACAAAUCUUUUGAAACGUCCAGCAGCAAAAAUGACGCCGCCGUGCAAAGCCAUGUACGGCAGCAUGCAGCGGACUGCAUGGCUAACGAUAUGCCUGAGAGAUAUGUUAAUAGUCUGCAGUCAGCCUCCUCCAAAGUGCGGUGCACACCUCGCCAGUUACGGACAGCAGAGCGUUCCGAAAGUGCAGGGGAUUUGCUGUUGGAGCUCGACCCGCUGAUAGUAAACUUGGAGCCUUCCGUAGUCGUCGGUGGAGUCUCUUUGUUUCAGUUGUUACAGAAGUACUUUCUCCCAAAUUCUACGGACGUUCCAGAAGCGAAAGAACCCAAACGCUGUUUAAAAGACUCGCAAAGUGGUGGUACAAUGAAACAAUCAGGUGGUGUUUCCCGAAUCGGUGGGUCUCCUGCUGACUUCGCGACGCCAGCAGUCAAUGGAGAAGAGUAUUACCCCAAUAUUCAUCGCCUUGCUUCUCACGCAAAUUGCUUGAUCCCUGGAAACAGCUAUUUUCUUGUGGAUUCAUUGCCCUCGUGUGAUGGAAGCCUCCAGCUGUCUUUCAAAACAGCGGAAUCUGGGAGCAGCCUCCCCACUAGUUUAUUUGACAGGAAAGUACCAGGAGAUACCAGGAACGGCUUUAACUGCAGGCCCGUAGGUGGCUUAAGAGAUUUACCAAUUAAGGAAACCAAUUGCACGAGCAAAGAACAACUCAAUGAAGCACCCCUUGAAUAUACCACAGGAGAUAACAAAGAAACAACGAAUGUCUUGACAUGGAUUUGGGAAUCACUAAACAAACUGAAUGCUGCUCUGAAUGUGAAGCUUAAGAUGGAAUGCAUUCAGCUGGAAAGCCCAUCUCUACAUUUCACAGUGGAGGACAUGGAAAUAUAUUCUGCUCUGGAGUGA